UGAGAGAGGGGUCUAGCUCUAUAGAUUAGUCUAGCUAAAGUAAGUUCUGUAUGGUAGCCUCUGAUCUCGAGGGCCAACAGCACCAAACCAGAAAAGCUGGAUGGGCUAUUAUUGGCUUCCCUUGACCCGCCCUUGUACACCCGUGCUGUUUGUUUGCGCUCGGUGGUUGCGCAAGCCCCUGCUUCUCCCAGGCUACGACCUGGAUCCCAAAUGCACAGCUUGUAUGAGCGCUGUCUUUCCUCCUGUACGAACCACUGUCUCGCUAUACCAUUGCUUCGGUAUACACCCACCCCAUUUAUGAGAAGUGCACUGUAACGAGCGUGAAUUGCAGCAUUCACACUGUGCUCCCUCUGUCUUCCAUUCACAGUACCUGAAUCUGUAUAUGCACACAGAGAAGUGCUAGACAUACACGGCAGGAAACAACUAUCCUAUCUGACCUAUUUAAUAACAUGUUGAGCACACAUCUUCACUGCCAUGUGUGAACUGCUGCAGUAGCUAAGCACCAAUCCCAUAGCAGUAUGCACAGGCUCCUAAUCUCUCAGCCUGGGACCGGAGCUCUGGCAUGGUGGUUUAUAUAGCCAGAUUUGAAACUCUUAGAACUUGACGUGUUGACUCGUACAGCACUGGUAAGAGAACAUUUUAUUGGUUUUUAAUAUAGUCUUGCUGCUUAAAGUAUUUAAAGUAAAAUUCAGUCCCAUCUUUCUCCGGAAAAAAUGCCUUUCGGUGUUUUUUUUUAAAUUUUUUUAUUGUUUUGUUUUGUUUUUUUUAUUUGUUUUCUACCUCCAGUAGACCUCAGUGGGGCAUAAAGAAACUAAAACUUUUUAUACAAUGUUUGACAUCCGUGCCCCACCCCUUAUGCUUCUGAUCUGAAUAAAAAUAUGCACUGAUUCAUUAUCAUGCUUUGAAAGAUCCAACUAUUCAUUCAUUGUUCAAUGGCCUCAAACAGCGGCAACCUCUAAUACAGACUAAAUUAAAAGGGCUAACAAACCUCUGGACGUUUAACACUAUACUUUUCCUUUCCAUUUUGCUCUUUAUUUCACCACAUUGGAUACAAGAUGCUGCAUUGCCUGUUUGGGAUAAACUGUUUGACUAGGGACACCAAACUGUCAGUGAAGAACUAACUAACUAUCUACGAACGACUGAUGAUUGCCUUCCGUUAGCUCACUGUCGUCCCUCAUCGUCUGUGCGUUUACACUCGAACUCUGCAGACUACAUCUGAUAAACGACACUUGUGUUCUGCUUCUGUGCAACAAAAAUGGCUCAAAAGAAAACUGCUGCUUUCUGAAAGUGCAGGCUUCUAAUGAGUGUAUUGAGUUGUGAGCGGCUCCCACCUUUUCCUGAGUUCUUUCCUUCCAUACAGUAAUAUCAAUAACAACUCUGUGUAGCAAAAAAUGUUAGCAUAACACACUGCCUCAGUAGAUUAAACCACAGUGUAGCAAAAAAAACCUUAUGUCAUCUAUUUCUCUUUUAAAGUCAAAUUUAGAUUGAUUACGCAAUUAGAAAACUCCCUCACGGCCAACCAAAGAUGCAGAUUCAACAUGCACAAUCAGCCAAAUUGGUGCAUUGGUGCAAAACACUGAGUAUGGGUCACAGUCGGUCACACCAACACCGUUCAACAGCCGAUGGUCAGGUCAGUGUGUCCGUAGCCUAACAGUAUGCUAUGGGUACAGUACAGUUUUACAGCACAUUGGUGUUCCAAAUGCACACACACUGUGUAUUGUGUAACCUUUUGUAGGCUAAUCCAGCUUAGUAUGUCUAUUUAUAUUUUGCACACCACUUCUCUCUUGCCUACACCUGCUUCCAAGCAGUCUCCCGACCCCCAUUAGACCUCCAUGUGCAGGAUCCUGGCUUUGAGUCACCAGUAUCCAGCAACAGGGAACACUACAAUGACUUAAGCCAAGGUCGAUCUCCAGAUCACCGGUCUCCAAAGAUGGACCAAUGGAGGCGACGGGACGGUCACGGCAGUCUUUACAGAUACCCUGAAUAUUACCCUGCAGAAACCAGUCGGUCAAGAGCCCCAGAAAGCUAUCACAGUGACAAUACCAGAGGCAGACAUGAAGGUAAGGGCAGAAGGCCUGAGCACUACCCCUCAGAGGGUAGGACCAAAUACCCCGAGGAAUACUUAUCCGAAAGAAACAGGCACGUUGAAGCAGAAUAUACCGAACGUCGGAGACACAAAACGUCUCAGCUACAGGACCAGUUGGAGGAACUUUAUGACCAGAAUCCAAUGGCAUCCACGAAGGAAAAGACCCCUAGGGAUGAUCCUGCUGAGAGGGACAAGAUGUGGGAUAAGGAGAGAGACAGGGCCAGGAGGAGGGAUCGAGACAGAGAGAGGGAAAUGGAUGGAAAGAGGACCAGAGAUGAGGUGCAGUAUAGAGAUGAAGACAGGAGUCAAACUAAGCUGUUGGUCGAGGACAGUAGUAGAGACAGAAAUGACCACAGACAUGGGAGCAGAGACAGUGAGUUUGGCAGGGAAAGAGAUCGCCGUGGACAAAAAGAUGCAGCCAGGGAUGGAGGGAGGGACCGGGACCAGGACAAGCAUCGAAGUAAGGACAGAGGUCGAGGGCGAGAGCCGGUCGAGCCAACCAUACCCACCAGUAGGGGCUGGUUGGAAGAGGGCCCUGAGGAUGAGGGGUACGGCGGCAGGCAGAAGCUCUCUUCUGACUUGGAUGAUGUGUUUGGGGAGCCCCACCCCAGGGCUCAGUCGGGCGAGGCCAGGUCCCCAGGGCAUUCAUCCAAGGAGCAAGGUAUGGAGGGGGGCCCCUGGGUUUGAGUGUACUGCUGCUUUCUGCUGGGCCUUCGCUCUAAUGACUGGUGGAGGGGCUGCUGCCAAGCCUGGUCACUGAGACCUCAACUCAAUUCUGUUUGUUUGUUUGUUUGUUUGUUUUUGUUUUUGUGUGUUUGCAUGUGUGUCCAGGGUUAAUGGGAAAUUGACCCUGUCCAGCAUGCACAUGUUUUCUUUUGUGAAAAGCCUUACCAUGGCACAAAUCCAUAUCUAAUCAAGCUUGGCAGUUGUGAUUUGUGGGAUGUAGUGUAGCUCGAAAUCUGAACUGUAGGGCUUUUCGGUUUCUUUAAAUCUGGGUCCUGGCCCAACAUCUGUCAAAUCAUAAACCCUGAUCUGGAUUUGCAAUCAUUGAGAUUCAGUGUCUGUGUAUCUGGGUUUACAGUGGGCCAUGAGUUAGGUGAGCUCUUGCUAAUGACCCUGCC